AUGGAACAGAACGCCGGCUCGUUCCUCGCCGUGCGUCGCCUCUCCGGCGGCGCCAUCCACCACCAUCGCCACCACUCUUCGCCGGCUGAGGUCGUGGGCGUGUCCACGGCGUGGCUCGGGAAGGGGCUUUCGUGCGUCUGCGCGCAGAGGAGGGAGAGCGACGCGCGCCUCUCCUUCGAUUUGAGUCCCAUUCAGGAAGAGUGCUUGCAUAGGUUGCAGAACCGGAUAGAGGUGCAGUAUGAUGGUUCAAAUCUAGAGCAUCAGAAAGCACUGGAAGCCCUUUGGCGUGCUUCUUUUCCUGGAACUGAACUUCUAGGAUUAGUAUCAGACCAGUGGAAGGAGAUGGGAUGGCAAGGGAAAGAUCCAUCUACAGAUUUCAGGGGUGGUGGUUUUAUAUCUUUGGAGAAUUUACUGUAUUUCUCUAGGAACUAUCCAAAAUCCUUCCAGGAGCUCCUUUGUAAGAAGAAUGGUGAUAGAGCAUUGUGGGAAUAUCCCUUUGCUGUAGCUGGUGUAAAUAUUACAUUCAUGCUAAUUCAGAUGCUUGAUCUUCAAGCAACUAAGCCAACGUCGUUGAUUGGAGCAGUUUUCCUAAAUCUACUCUUUGGUAAGUUGUUCAACAUUUGUGUAGGACUGAAAUCUUACAGAACUGAUAUAAUUUAG